CCCUCCAACUGCAAGUUCGAGAGGUGGUUCGCAGAUUCUCACCCCUACGUUCGACGCGCACGCAGCGUCGUGCAACUUUGCGCCGAGGUUAUGUUAGUAUUUUUUGUCAAUCUUCGAGGGUUGAAAAAAGGUCAACUCUCUUGAACGUUUACGAAGUUGCAGCAAAUUGACGCGAUCUAAUCAAUGUGCAAGUAGGUUUAAGCUCCGAAAAAAGUUGUGCACUGGCCGGAGUGAUUGGGGCCAAGUCGAUCGAGUGUCAGAAAGCAUCUUCUUAUCCAGAAAAGUAAUCAAUAAACCCCACGACUGCAUAAGGGCUUAGGUGGUGAAUGUUGCAGAUAAGUUGAGUUUCAAGCACAGAUUUUGAUGUUUUAUCAGCGAACGAGAUACUAAUGCCAUUGAUCGUUACGCACUCGCUCGAUUUAUUGCUCAUUUGAAAGCCUCUGCUCGUGAACUUGUCUUCGUUGAAUCCGUCGAUUGAAGUAUCAACAGAUUGACAAGUACUUGGGCGGUGCAAUAAAGCGAAAAAUGCCUCGCGUCGCUUCCUUUUGCAAUUGUUUCAUGGAUAAAGUUGACAAGGAUGUCAAUCGAUAAACGUUAGCCGAUGAAUAUCAUUUGGCCAAGUCGAGGCAUGGCACGGCACGAUGAAGCAUGUGCAGCUGCGCUUAUCGAUUAAAAAAGAAAAAGAAGAUGCGAUGUUGAGACGAUCGGAGAGGAGGUGAAAUUACAAAGAGGAAGAGAAGAGGAAAGCAUUUAUUCGAGAGACAUCAAUUUCUGAGGUAGCCGCUGUGGCAAUCGCUCGACAACGACGACGACGACGACGACAGACUGGCGCAGCCGGAUGAGCGCCGGGGAUCCACGAUCGGAGAGCAUCGAUGCAAAGAAGCUCGCUCGGGCCCCGGCAAAUGACGGACGCGAGCUCGUUGCAUCAGCCACCACUACACUACAGCAGCAGCAGCAUUGCAUCACGGGCGGCGGAUGUUGCUCGCGCGGGCACGGGCCGACAGCAGCAGCAGCUAGCGCUUAGAUUGCUGGGCGCUUGAGUAAUGAGCGAGUCCCGGCAUCUUCGCUCGGUCUCCGAUUUGUAUGCAGCCGACGAAAUAGAGGUGCUCCUCCUCGAGGAGAUCCGCGAUCUGGAGCCACCGCCCGCCGCCUACUCGCGGCCCGAGGAUAUACAGGACUUUGAGAUCGCAGGCAGCCGAACAGGAGGGCGCAUCAGUUCUCAAUCUUCGGGACUGGAUUCUCCUGGGAUUCACUCGACGGUUCACUCUUGGGAUUCGCACGCGAAUUAUCAUGGGAGUUACGGCAACGGCGAUCAUCGACACGGAUCUAACGCAAUGGCUUGGCAACGCACUAGUCAUCUGAUUCUCUAUUGCGACAUACAGGGCCACCUCAAAACUGCCACCGGCUUCGUGCGACUCUUGCUUCUCGUUUCAUCGGCAGCAUGUUUGGUGACUCUGUGUAGCUCUGGAACUGCUAAAAUAAGUUUGUUUAUGCUACCACUGGCAGGAAGGCUCCGGUUCAUGAUAUUUGUCGCGGUGUUCAGCCUACUAAUCACUGCUCUGCUGUUAUUUUUGGACAUAUCUCACGUAGUGCAUUUUUUCCCUUUUAAUUGGGGACGAUUGAAUGCCUGGAUCUUUUCGAGCAUCGGCUUGUCGUUCAUAACGGCCAGCACGCUGCUGGCCCUGUCCGUCUUCGAGUACCAUGGCAGUGGCUGGGUACCACGCCGAACGCGUUCCCAGCUAACGGCCACGGCGACGCUCGGACUGUCGUGCGCUCUUUUAGCAUUUUUGCUGUCUUGGUUACAUGGACGCGGAGUCUCGGGCUGUCGGGCCUCACCGGCCUCGGCUGCCGAGGACGAGGUCAAUCAGCAGCUCUACAAGCCCGUUGACAGUUCCUCUUCGGGAACUACGUUAAAGGAUGGUUUGCGGUCGAGUAAGCAGCCACCGCCAUGGGUGGCCAAAAACUCGCGAAAGUUGCGUACCUCCGAGGAGGCCCACGAGGCGGGUCGUACGAGUGGCAAAGAUCAUUGGGCUUCGGCGAGGGAACAUUUCCUAGGAGUCGGACAGCCCGAUGAGGAAUCAUCGCCCUUGCAGCAGCAACAGCAGCAGCAGCAGCAGCAAAAGUCCUCCGAAGGAGAGACCGGCCGGAGACAGCGAAGGCGGCGGGAAGCCUCCGGCGACGAGGCUCGCUCGAAGAAAACGCCGCCUCGCAAGCUGCCCAUUCAAGAGGGCGGCAAGCCGGCGCGCGCGGGCCGUCAAGCGGGCGCUGGCAAGGACGGCAAGGACGGCCGCAAGGGUGGUCAGGGCACGGCCCGUACCUCGGUGACGCGCAGCGAAAUCCAGGAGUACUGGAUGCAGGGCUACGAGCACGUGCAGCGCACCGAGCGCACCACGGCCAACAUCGAGCAGUGGCAGUCGGCGGCGAUGCGCAGCCUCGAGGAGAAGAAGGCUAAGGACGCCCGCUGGAGCGAGGCCUGGCAGCGCCAGAAGGAGCAGACCCAGGCGCAGUCGCGCUCCCAGUCGCAGAAUCAGUUCCCGUCGUCGAGCAGCGGCCAGGACGACGCCAAGCCCUGCACCAGCAAGACUCUCGAGCCGCUCAGUUUCGCUUGAGAAUGAUCUAUUGUGCCGAACAGCGGGAUUUUCGACCACUGAUCGGAAACCCGGCUGACGAUAGAGCAUGGGUGAACGUCCACAGGGGUGAGGCACGCACGCGCGCGUUCAAACUGCUAGGAGCUUCGUUUACUGCCACGAACUUAGUGACGCUGCGCAUUCAUCAUACGUAACGCGGUUGUUUAAACACCCUUACCACUCAUCAUUCUGUCAGUGCCGCUUCAAUGAAAUACCAUUCGUCUGGCUUUACUUGGAAUAUAUAUAUAUAAUAUAUAAGAUAUAUAUUUAUAUAUCGUAUACAUGUAACUUUGAGUGAUUUAGAACUCAACGAUUCGCGGUCACCAAACGAACAGCUGCUGCUUUUUUGGUACUGCGGCCUUAACUAUUUUUUCUUCUCACUAUCAUCCUUACGAUUUCGUUACUUUCUGAUAACAAAACAUUGACAGUUUCAAUGCUCUAUCGGUAAGUUAUUGAG